UCUCACGUACUUCGAACUCGCGAGGACUCUGCUGUGUGGGCGCUACCAGAAGGCAAAGCGGCGGUCACCAAUACGUCGAGUCGUGCAGCAGCUGCUCUGCAGGUGAUUGUUAGAAUUGUCAUGGCUGAACAGAAGCAUAGAAUCCUGAUGGUGUCUGAUUUUUUCUUUCCCAACUUUGGUGGCGUGGAGAAUCACAUUUACUUGCUGUCACAGUGCUUGUUAAAGCUUGGUCAUAAGGUUGUAAUUAUGACUCAUGCAUAUGGAAAUCGCUCCGGAGUGAGGUAUAUGACUGGUGGGCUCAAAGUUUAUUAUGUACCAUGGAAACCAUAUUUACUCAACACCACAAUCCCAACCCUUUAUGGAACACUUCCAAUUGUAAGAAACAUCCUUAUUCGAGAAAAUAUUUCACUGGUGCAUGGGCAUCAAGCCUUUUCAACUCUUUGUCACGAAGCUGCAAUGCAUGCACGCAUUAUGGGAUACAAAGUCGUAUUCACUGAUCAUUCACUAUAUGGUUUCGCUGAUGUGGGAAGCAUCCACAUGAACAAGGUUUUGCAGUUUACUUUAGCCGAUGUAAGCCAGGCAAUUUGUGUUUCCCAUACAAGCAAGGAAAACACAGUGCUAAGAUCAGGUUUGCCGCCAGAGAAGGUUUUUGUAAUACCUAAUGCCGUGGACACUGCUAUGUUUCAGCCUGCCCCUAUUCGACCAGGCAAUGAUGAAAUCAUUAUUGUCGUCAUAAGUAGAUUGGUUUAUCGCAAAGGUACAGAUUUGCUUGUUGAAGUUAUUCCAGAAGUAUGCCAUUUGGAUCCCAAUGUUCGUUUCAUUAUUGGAGGAGAUGGACCUAAACGUGUGCGGCUCGAAGAGAUGAGAGAGAAGCAUUCUCUUCAAGACCGAGUUAAGAUGUUAGGUGCUGUGCCACAUGCUCAUGUACGGUCUGUUCUGAUUUCUGGCCAUAUAUUUCUGAACAGUUCUUUAACAGAAGCAUUUUGCAUAGCCAUAUUGGAGGCUGCUAGUUGUGGAUUACUAACUGUUAGUACACGUGUGGGAGGUGUCCCGGAGGUUCUGCCAGAUGACAUGAUUGUACUUGCUGAGCCAGAUCCUACCGAUAUGGUAAAAGCAAUUAGGAAAGCCAUAUCUAUACUUCCCACUAUUGAUCCUGUCGAUAUGCACAAUCGUAUGAAAAAACUUUACAACUGGCAUGAUGUUGCCAAGAGGACAGAGAUUGUGUAUGGCCGGGCUAUGAGAUGUUCUAAUCAAACUCUGCUAGAACGUCUGCAAAGGUACCUCUCAUGUGGUGCUUGGGCUGGCAAACUCUUUUGUUUGGUUAUGAUUAUCGAUUUUCUGUUUUGGCGUUUCCUCGAACUAUGGCAGCCUGCAGAAGAUAUUGAGGAGGUGCCAGACCUGAUUCUUCCUCAUCACGAAGACGGAGACGUGUUACGUGAUUUCAACAAAAACAAAGCUUGACAACUUUCUUGCGUAUAGAAGGAAAAUUUAUAUCCUAACUUCAACACAGAGUUACUUGAUGACUGCAAUGAAUGGUAAAUCUAUACUGCUUGUCUCCGCCUUUAGAAAGUUUGUUCAGAGUACUCCUGGGUUAUGAUUAAAGUAGACAAGAAUGUGCAGUAAAUAUCUUUUUUAAUCGACUCCAGUAGGUAGGAUACAGUAAAUAGUUGAAAUCAAACUGACAUUAUUAAGAUUGAAAAACAUUAUUAUAAGUUUGAGCUCCCAAUGUUAACAAGGCGUAUAGUUUCCGGCAAACUUGAAUCUCAAACCUCAAAAGAUGUUGAGGUAGGAGUGACCAAUUAGCUUAAAGGCUAUUGUGGGACUAUUAGAAGUUGAAAAGGGGAUAUAAUGCCCCCAAACAAGAACUUGGGGCUACAACAUUCAGUGAAUAGCAGAUUUACUUUAUUAUAUAUAUACACAUAAACACAUAUUCUAAAGUCUCUGUUUUUAAGGAGCAAUGCAGAAGCUACUGAGUGUUCUCAUAUAUUCUAUUGAUGUUGGGAUUGUUUA